AUGCCGUUUCCAUUCACUCUGCUAUGUGACCUUCUCAACCGACUUGAAAGAAACUACAAGCCAUCGAGCGUCGACAAGGCCCAGGAAGUCCACGCCCGGACCGUUAUCUCCUGGUUUCACAAACACAAUGAGGCCAUUCCACGACAAGGCAUAGAAGCUAUUGCUUUCCUGUCCUGUCUCUUUCCUGAACGGCGACCCGAUCGUGUUUUCAACCUACCAACAAGACAAAUCGAAAAGAUUAUAGAGCGAGCACAAUGCCUUGGGUCAUCUAGAAUGAGCGAGCUACAGAGGUGGAAAGCCAAUGACGGUCCAGACUUUGCGUCUUGCGUUGAGCGUGUGAUGGCUAUAACAGACUGCGAACCCAGGCUCGGUCCGAAUGUGACUCUGAGCGAGAUUGACGGGGUCCUCGAUCAGAUCGCUGCUUCAUCACCAUUCUCAUCUGUGGCUCUGAAAAAGAGGAUUAAAGAGAAAUAUGGCCAAUCAAUCCGAAGGGAUAAUUUGCUUUUAAGACUGUUCCGGAGACUGCGUAGCUCUGAGACCAAGUGGAUGAUUCGCAUGCUAUCGAAGAACUACAGUCCGGCUCAGGUUCCAGAAAUGUUAGCAAUGAGCGAAUUUCAUUUCCUCCUGCCUGACAUCCUUCGGUUCCAAAGUACAAUCCAUGCUGCUGUCGACCUCCUAAGCGCCCCAACGAUUAGAUGCAUGCCCGUUCGACCAGCAGUAGGUACUCGCGACGGACUAAGGGCGGCUGCCCGCCGGGAGCUCAAGCCACAAGUCGGGACAAUGGCCACUCGGCCGAUCUACGAUAAGGCCAGAAGCAUCAGACAUUGCUGCCAACUAGCUAGCACCAGGCGAAUGAGCGUGGAGCGGAAAUACGAUGGAGAAUAUUGUCAAAUUCAUAUCGCUCUGAACGAAUCCGGAACCUGCAUAAAGAUUUUCUCGAAGAGCGGAAGGGACUCGACCAUCGACCGCAUAGGAAUCCAUCGCCCAUUGCGGGACAGCCUUGGACUCGAUACAAUAGAAUGUAAGAUCAAGAAGCAGUGCAUAUUGGAGGGCGAGCUGCUGGUAUGGAACGAUGAUUAUGGGAGAAUCGAGCCUUUCCACAAAAUCCGCAAAUAUGUGAAGCGAUCAGGACGACUCCUUGGCGCUGCUCGGGAUUCGCCCGCCGACUUGAGCGAGCAUCUCAUGAUCAUGUUCUACGACAUUCUGUUACUGGACGACACACUCUGUGUCAGAGACAGCCAUGAGACACGGCGACAACUGCUUCAAUCUCUAGUUCGCCGUAUUCCCGGCCGUGCCGAUGUCGGAUCCCGCGAGAUAGUCGAAUUCUCGUCGUUCACCGCCGCAGAACAGCUCAGCGAAUCAUUCGCUCGAGCCAUUGCACAACGGUGGGAAGGCCUCGUAUUGAAAGGUUGCGACGACCCAUACUUCUCGUUCGACACAAGCAAAUCGUUCAUCAAGCUAAAAAAGGAUUAUAUUCCAGGCCUUGGAGACACUGUCGACUUCGUCAUCAUCGGGGGAAGCUGCAAUGCGAAUGAUGAGCAGGAGCUUAGAAUUGGGAAGCUAUGGUGGACGGCAUUCUAUAUUGCAUGUGUGGAAAACAAAAAUGAGCUGGGAUGUUCCAUGGGAUGUUCCAAUUCUAAGCCGAGGUUUCGCAUUGUGGAUGUGCUCAACAGGCACAGUAUCUCGAAAGACGAUAUCGUAUACCUCAAUCGACAUGGAUAUUUCGGACGAGCACCGUUCGUCACGUCUACGCCGGAGUUCGACAUCGUAUUUGAGCCCGGACGGAAGCUGCAGCCAGCCGAGCUAUUCAAAUAUCCGUUUACGGUGGAAGUGGUCGGCGCUGGCUUCGACAAACCUGCGAAUGCCGCGUAUUUUACUCUGCGAUUUCCACGAGUGCUUAAAGUUCAUGAAGACCGCUCGUUCAAGGAUGUCAUUAGCUUUGCGGAGCUGCAGGAGAUAGCCACGAAGUGCCAAGGAGCCCCUGAUGAUCUACGAAGAGAAGAGGAAAGUUGGCUUCGGAGAUUGCGAAGCGGCGGGCAUCUGGGCGGAAGAUCGAGGGAGUCUCGCAGCGGCGGUUUAUCUUCACCCGCCAGUGGUUAUGUAAAUAAGCAAGGCACGUCGGAUCAGGAUGAGGGAACAACUACUGGGUCUCUGCAUCAAGGUAAUACUUCCUUCCGCUCGCCAAAGCGGAAGAUUUCCCCAGAGGAGGUCUUGGCUGGCAGCUCAAUUCCCAAGCGAGCAAAGCAAGAUUGA